AAUCUUCAUUGACAUUUUAAAAUAUUAAAAAUAGUACAUUUAAAAAAAAAAAACGAAAAUUUAAAAUAGUCUCAAUAUUUUAUUUAAGUGAAAUUAUGAACAUGGGAGCAAGAAAUCGUAAAAUGAAAAAUCAAAAUUAUCCAAAAAUGACAACAAGUUUGCCAUCUUUUAUUGAUUCUGAACAGAACGUUAGUGAUAAUUUUGCAAAUAAUUUUAGUACAAGUAAUUGUUGUGAUAGUAACAAUUAUAUAAAACAAAAUCAAAUAAUAAUCAACAAGGAUAACAACAAUGAAAUAAUAAAGAAUAAAUUAAAAAAUUUCUCAUCACAAUGGAAAAAUUUAAUGAUUCGUUCAAUAUUUGGAUUUAUUAUGAUUAGUGGAUUCAUUUUAAUGAUAUAUGGUGGUCCAAUAAUGUUAAUAAUUGUUAUUUUGAUAGCACAAAUAAAAUGCUAUGAUGAAAUUAUAACAAUCGGAUUUCAAAUUCAUAAAAUUCCAAAUUCUAAUUGUUUUCGUAAAUUGGCGUGGUAUUUUUCAUUUGCUGUUAAUUACUUUUUUUUUGGUGAAAUAUUUUUUAAUUUUAUUAAUAUAAAAAUAAAAAAUGAAUAUGAUAUUUUAUAUAUUUUAAUAAAAUAUCAUAGAAUAAUAUCAUUUUUAUUAUACUUUAUUGGUUUGGUUAUAUUUGUAAUAUCAUUAAAAAAGCAAUAUUAUCGUAAACAAUUUAGUUUAUUUGCAUGGAUUCAUUUAGCAUUUUUAGUAUGUGUUGUACAAUGUUAUUUACACAUACAAAAUAUAUUUGAAGGUAUAAUAUGGUUUAUAAUACCAGUAGCAAUGAUAACAUGCAAUGAUAUAAUGGCAUAUAUAUGUGGAUUUUUUUUUGGCCGUACACCAUUAAUUAAAUUAAGCCCAAAAAAAACAUGGGAAGGUUUUAUUGGAGGUGGUAUUGGUACAAUAAUAUUUGGUAUAAUAUUAUCAGCUAUUUUAUGUGAAUCAAAAUUUUUAACAUGCUCGAUGGAUUAUUGGAAAUAUGGACUUGGACAAAUUUCAAUGGAUUGUGAACCAUCGUAUUUAUUUAUAAAAAAAGAAUAUUCAAUAUUUCAAAAUAAAAUAAUGAUUUAUCCGUUUAUUAUGCAUUCUAUUGUAUUGGGCAUUGUUAGUUCAAUAAUUGGACCAUUCGGUGGAUUUUUAGCAUCUGGAUUUAAAAGAGCAUUUAAGGUUAAGGAUUUCGGUGAUAGUAUACCAGGACAUGGUGGUUUUAUGGAUAGAUGUGAUAGUCAAUGUUUAAUGGGUACCUUCGUUAAUGUAUAUAUAUCCAGUUUUAUUAUAAAGUCAUCAACAGCAAAAAUUUUAAAUGAAAUUUUAACUUUAAAAUAUGAUCAACAAUUAUUUAUUUUAAAUGAAUUAAAACAGUAUUUAGAGAAAACAUGAAAUAUAAAAACUACAAAAUUUUAUU